GAAUACCAUCAUGAUUUCAGCCUGGAUCUUGAUUACAUUUUGUGGUGAGUGAGAGUUCUUUCAUGCGAAUGAUUAAUGCGCAAUUUUCACUUCACUGAUCAUACGUGCAACAAAGGAAUCUAAAAGUUACAUCUGCUUACUCUUACAGGCCAGAGGUUUGAAUUAUCAUUCUGUUCUUGACUUUGCUCUGUCUACCGACUUUUAAUGCGCAUUUUCGAAAUGCGAAUUUAAUGUCAUGUAACUUGAUCUUCUUCCGUGCAUCGUUCUUUCUUCAUUGCUGUCUUCUUCGCUCGGGUUCGCUCAGUGUUCGCGGUCCCACUUUUUUUAUCGAUUAAGUGGAUACCUUUCAAAGGAGGUUCUUAAUUCAACAUGUUAGAGUUUUCAAGGAAGGGAGAUAAUUCUUGUAAAAUCGUGCGAGACAAGUUAAAUGCCAAUUCAUGUCCAUUGAGGAAUUCGAACCUGCAUGGUAAUUGAUCGUUCGCUGACUAGGUUUAGACAUGAACAAAGGUACUUUGCAUUCUUAGGCUACUUUAUUUCAAGGAAAAUCAAAUGGUUUUAUAUUGUCACAUGCAAAUGGAGAUUGAUUCUCACACUCAAAUAGACAGAAAACGUGAACUCGAUGAAAAAGAUAUUUCUGACACGAGAGGAAGUUAACAUAAACAAUUGAUGAUAUAAGAUAAUGACAACGCCAGCGAGUAUAUAUCAACAUUUUAACCUGACUGCACAUUCUUUGAAAAAAGCGAUUCGCGUGUGAAGUUUUGCCACAGGUGAAUUUUAUGUCACAAUUGUUUAUUUGUACACCAGGAGCCAUGAAUAUGAAAAAUUUCUGAUAAUACUGGAGUCAGUAAAAUUCGAAACCGAGACAAUUUCACCUACGGUUCGUUCGCUCAACUCGGAUUCUGGCAAGGUGUUAUUUACGACAUUGGAAUUUUGUUUUACAAUUAAGAUUCGCUCUUUUACGUUUGUUUCUUGUAUGAUAUCAACAAUUAUACCAAGAUAUUUUCAAACGGUUAUACAAAUACUUUUUUCCGCUCACAUUAAUAACUCCGAAAGUGACAAGUCUUUCUAGCGGAAUACGAAGUUUUAUAUUUUAAUAUGGAGGAUUUUUAAGGUACAUAGUUCACGUUCGCGGGCGGAUGACUCAGAAGAAGAGGUCUACAAGUUGCUGAUGGAUUUUAAAGCUUGGUCAAUGAGUAGAAAGUUACGGUCGCUGAUUUUGCCUUGUGUAAAAAAAAUUGACCAUCAAACCCAGCACUUUUUUUAGAUCUUACGUAUGCAGUAGGUAACAAUAAGUUUAUGUCAAUGGUGUUCAGUCUGAUUUUCAUCCUGUCUUCUCCGGUGUACUUUAAGGUUCCAUAUUAGGAGCUCUACUAUUUCUUAUCUAUAUCAAUGUUAUCCCUAAGUCAACUACUUACUUUUUUAGUAGAUUAUAUGCAGAUGAUACAUCUCCAAGAGUCUCUGGAACCAACCUCGACAUUCAAUUAAAUGACAUGAAUAACCAACUACAUACUGUUUAUUAAUAGUUAUGUAGUAACAAAUUAACCUCAAAUCUUUCCAAAACUAAAUAUAAUAUAUAGAUUUAGCCAAGCCUAAAGCGGAGCUCGCAUUUUUUUUCCCGCACGUCUCAAGAGCACAAUGCCUUGCCCCGGCCAGGACUAGAACCCGGGUCGUCCGACUCGGAGCCCAGUGGCGUUGGCGUGCCCGCGGUACAGUUGACCACGCAUGUUAAAAGUAGCACCUUGUACGGACGCCUGUACGGUGUCAAGUCCAAAUUUUUUCGGCUUGAUGGGUUACUACUAUUUUAUGAUUAUGGGGCUACGCUCAGCUUUGCCAUUAUCUUUAUACCUCGGCAAAAUCAAAAUCAAAAUCUAUAUUCACCAUUGAAAAAUAUCAAACAUUUGUUUAGAGCAAUCUUUAUUUAUCAAGCACCUAGGUGUUUACAUAGACUAUCAUCUAACUUGGCAUGACCAUAUUGAUUACAUAAGUAGUAAAAGCUUCACCUAACGAUCAACACACUUAGAUGCAUUUAUUAUUCUCUUACUUAUCCAUAUGCUACGCAUGACUGUGCACACUGGGGAAAUAAUUAUAAUGAUCCACUUUCUGAAGUAGUAAAAUUAUAAAACAAAGGGGUUCGCAUUAUCAUUGAUGUUCCUCUAAUAGAACCAAUUACUCCUCGUUAUACUGCUUUGGGACUUUUGAAAGUUCCUUAUAUUGUCAAAUUCAAUACAUCUUUACUUCUUUAUGACUAUUUUAAUGCUGACAAACAUUCAUACAUGUCCAAUACAUUCAAACUUAAAUCUCAGGAAAUUUUGUCUAACAAUCAUUGAUAGGUAUAUCUAGAACAUUAUUCCUUAACCUAUUAAAGAAAAACCAACGAAACAAAUGUUUAAAAAACCACUUUCACAUUGCUAUCUAAAUCAAUAUUAAUUUUUCAUGUCCUUCAUCUUCUGUCUUCCUCUUUGAUCUAAGCUGUGUUAUUUAGGCCAAGUUUAGUAAAUAACUUUUCAUAUUAGAUUAAGGAGGCACUAUAUUGGGUACCUGGACGUGCCCUUCUCCUCUCCUCUCUAAUAUCUAAAUGUUCAGAAUUAGAAUUACCCAGUAGUUAUUACCUUGUUUAUUAUGUAACUUAACUUACUACUACUUGGGGUAGAGAAAUAAAUGGGGGGAUUUGAAUAAAUCAAUAUUCAAAAGUUCAUGCCUAGGGGGAUGCCCAGGGGGAUGUUGAAGCUUCCAGUUGAUCGGCGCAUUACUCUUAUUCACGCGUCACCUACUUAUUUCCGCCCUAAUCACCCAUCGCGAAUAAAUUCCUUUGCAAUCCUCAACAAGCAAAGAACGGCUUAGCUUAAAAUCUUGCAAGAAUUGAUGUCUCACACUCACACAUAAAAAUUUAAUCAGUUUGCCUCAGAUCAGUUUAAGCGGGCGUUUAAGCGGCUCAGAAAAUACGAGAUAUUAACAAGUUAAAAAUCAGCUCAGAAUUCGUUGUGGUAUAAAUAGAACUAUCGCAGCUUAGGGAGUUUUCUAUGCUGUCCACUUUUGCUCAGAUGACCUCAAACUUUUAGCAUUUGUGAUGAACUGUUUUUACUGCUUACGUUGAGACACAUGUUAACGUGUUCGUUUUUUGUAUUUGUUGCAGUUGCCUCCCUGACUCUGGUGACAAGUGAUCGUAAGUAUAAAUAUUCAUCUUUCAUGUCUCCAUUUUAAUCCAAAGUAGUCUUUGUUUAAGUCAACUGGAAUUCUCAUUCUUAGUAAAGAUAUGGUAACGAAAGUGCUAGUUUGAAACACAUUUUCAAUUUCUAUUUUGCUGGAAUUCUUUUGUCAGCAGUAAGAAACCAAGAGAGUAACUGAAAGAUACCUUUUUUUCAGCCUGCAUCCCUCCUGGAGAAUCCAUUAAUGCUACUAGUGGUCACAUUUCCAGCCCCAAUUUUCCCAAUAACUAUGACCCAAGCAGGAUUUGUACCUGGAAUAUCACAGUACCCCGUAGGAAAAUCAUCAAAGUGACCUUCUUGAACUUUACCCUGGUAGCAGGUGAAAACGAUGAUUGUGCUGGAGCGGCAGCAGAUAGUGCCCGAGUCUUUAUCACAAACGUUGCCUCUCAUGGAGGAAAACCUAACGACUUUAAGAUCUGUGGUCAAAAGCUUCCCCCUCCUGUGUACUCAGAGGGAAAUUUCAUUCAAGUGAGAUUUGAAUCUCGCACCGGCUCUGUAAACAAAGGGUUCAAUGCAACCUUUGAGGCGAUAGAUGGAGAUUCAUGUAAGAACUUUUCUUCUAUGGUAGUUUAUUAACUGGAAGCAUACAAUUGUACUGAGCACGUACCCCUAUUAAACUGAGUGAGAAUUAUGUUGAAUAUAUCAUGCAAAUAAUAACGUAAGCAAUCUUUGAACAGCUCUAGCCUGCAGAAAAAAAAUUGCAUAUAGUCAAGCCUUUUACUCGAACGCAAGCUGCUAUGUUUCACAAUCGUUAUAUUGAUUAAAUUAUAGAACCGUCAACAUACGGAAAAUGAACUGUAGGCGUUAUUAAAAAUCAUCCAGUUGACCACAGUGGACUGUAAACGUCAUCAAACAGUUCUCGGAGAAAAAGAAGCUUCGUUAAGAUUUUUCUUUGAAUAAAUUAAGUUUUUUACAGUAAGUAAGAUGCAUUUUACUAAAGCUGGCAGUCUUUGUUAUUCUUUUCAGUGUGCCCAGUAGAUAUGAUCCUCGAUGAAACAUCAGGCUCUCUCUCCUCUCCCUUUAAUCCAAGAAACUAUCCAUUCAACCAGACAUGUAGCUGGAAUAUUACAGGGAAACAAGGAUACCGUGUUGAGGUCACAAUACCGGACUAUAAUCUACAACGUUGUAAUCGUGCUGCUUACUCGUGUGAUUAUAUGGAAGUUCAGAAUAGCUUCAGUGAUGAAGCGCUACCUGGAAAACUAUGUGGUACACCAAGGGGUAUUCCUUUAAAGUUUUAUUCACUGCACGAAAGCUUGAGGGUGGUGUUUGUGUCCGAUGAUACAAACAUGGAUUAUGACGGAUUUAGGGCAACGUACAAGCUGUUGAACCACAGUCCUCCAAGUAAGUAGAGAAAAAAACUUCGUAAGAUCUAAGAGUUCACUGAGAGAAGAUGUUUCAUGCAAUAAACUCACCCAUACAAGUAAUGAUACGGAGCUUAGUUAAUAAGAGUGGAGGCUCUCUCUGUUAUCAACUCAGCGUGAAUGCAAACAUCUCUGAUGUAGAGUGUAAGCGGUGAUGUGCUGGAAGCCAUGCCAACCUUAAUUGAAUAAAGGGGGUAAGUUUCCAAAGAAAGUGUGAUGAGGCGUCGGUCGGGGAGUAUAAGAGGAUAGUUUGGUUUCAUUAACUAAGUUGAUAAUGUAAAUUGGUCACCGUGAUGAGUUUCAAGUAUUCAUAUUCUUAUCUUGAGGCCACUCCCUUAUAAAGCCAUAUUGGAAUUUAUCGCUGUAAAGGGUAUGGUUUUAAGCCGCUUUGGUUUGUAUAGACUUUGACCAUUGGUCGAAUCAACAGUUAUAUGGUAAGCAUUUUGAUUGGUUGUUAUUUAUCACUUAUUGGAGAACAGAGGCAUGACAUGACCAUGACCAUGACAUCACCAUUUACAACAAUUUCCUUCUUCAUCGUAUAUGAAACAAUUAGAUUCCACAUUGCCGUGUGUCUGUUCAGGAAGAUAUACCAGAUGAUGUCAAACUGUGGUCAUUAGUGACACUCGGCUGCGCCUCGUGUGCCACUUUCUUGUUCUUAUCGUGUGGAUUUGACGGAGUCUGUGUAAGAAACCAUAUAUCUAACACCAAUCCAUGUUUAUUCUGGCCUAUUCCAAGAGUUCUAGUUAGUCAAACAGAGCGAAACAGACAGAGGCAAAAUAGUAGUGGCGUAGUAAAAAAGAGAGUGAGGUUUGGAUCUAGUCGGGAAAAGAAGAAGUUGAUUCAACAACAGUACAUGACCCACUCUUCCCUCGUUUUUUCACUCCUCUGCUACUCUCUCGCUGUUCAAUAUGGCACUUUGUUUUACCAACUAAAUUCCCGGAACAGCCUAUGCUUAUUCUCCCACACUCAUAUGCUCAUUUUUCGUUGUUUACAGUUUGUCCCAAGGAAGCAAUUCCUCUCUCAGGCAGCGGCAAAAUAAGCAGCACAAACUACCCAAAUGGUAACUACACUGCGUCCAGAAAUUGUACCUGGAACAUAACCGCGUCAGCUAAUGAAAAAAUACAAUUUGUGUUUACUGACUUUGUGUUAAGUGAGUGUUCAGCCAAUUGUUCGGAUUCAAGUUGUUCUUAUGUGAAGCUUUAUGAUGGUGGGACAACAAGUUCGCCUUCGCUGGGGCGAUUUUGCCAGGGGUCAUCUUGGAAUGAGCCUCGGUUCUCGUCUGGAAACCAAAUGUUUGUGAUGUUCCAUCCUGGACAAACAGUUGAUCGUGGAUUUGAAGCGGAAUAUUCAGUAUAUUCAGUAACAACAUCACCGCCUGCAACAAAAACAGCAGCAACAAGUGAAUCGGAAACGACAAAUGAAUCAGAAACGACAAGUGAAUCGGAAACGACAAGUGAAUCGGAAACGACAAGUGAACCGGAAACGACAAGUGAAUCGGAAACAACGACAAACAAAUCGGGAACGAAAAGCGGUAAAUACCCUAUGAAUUGUCUUUGCAAUGAAUAUUCAAAAUUAAUCAAUGCUUUUUGUUAUAAGAAAGUUAAACUUCUACGACUGACUUCCCUUAUGAUUCCUUAUCGCUGAAGGCAUCGUUUGUAUUUUUUGCUCUUUCAGUUACUGGUUCCAAUCAAAUGAUAAUGUGUUAG